UCGCUCGAAGCAAUUGGCGCAUCUUCUUUAUCGGCUCGAGUCUGCGCUGAAGGAGCAUUUUCAGUUGCGAGAAAUGGAAGUCCCAACAUCUGAGGAGCGGCUUCGAUGGUCGCUAAAUCGGUUUUUGGCUGCAGCUGCCAAAAAACAAUUCCCCGCUAGGAUAGUUAUAGUUUUAGACGCAGUAAACCGCCUGCGUGGCGAAUCAAGCGCCGCCGAUACACUCCAUUGGCUUCCUACCGAGUUGCCGCAGGGGGUGCGAAUUAUCGUUUCAACAGUCGAGCUCGAACAAUCGAACUUACUCUCCGAGGACCUGUAUGAUGAAGGAUCAAGAAUUCAUCGAACGUAUACUGAACUCCGUCGUAGGAAGUGCCCGACGAUACGUCUGCAGCCGCUUUCUGUUGAGGUUCGCCAUCUCAUCAUUGGAAGUUUUUUGAAGGUUAACCAGCAGGCCCUCCAAUCACUGGAGCAAGCUCAGCAAUUUCGACUCGUAACUGCAAAAGCGUCGUCGCAACCCCUUUUUCUGCGCACAAUACUGUAUGCCUUGCGGCUUGGUUUUGAGAUGUCAGAUGCGCCUAUUGACCAGCAAAUAGAUUCAUGUCUAGCGGCUGAAACCUCAUCCGAGCUGAUUGCCUGCGUCCUUGAAAUGUGCAGCGAGUACGUGGAUUCAACUUGCACGACCGUUGAUACCUCGAUGUCUCCGGCCCCAGUGAGCAAGUCCACAGAGUUGGAGGCUCGUGAAAUCGUUCCAAAUAUACUCGCUCGAGUUUUGACUGCCCUAUAUGCGUCACGACAUGGAUUGAGUGAUAUGGAGAUGUGGGGGAUAGUCGAACUCGCCACUGGCGACACGUUACCCUCUGAGCAACGUGAGUGCAUACGCCGGGUAUUACGUGAUUUUACCUUUUCUGUCAAUGGCCUGCGAAAUUUUUCACAUGAGGACUAUGCGGCAGUAGUAUACAAUGAGUACAUACGCGUCCCGGAGGUUCACGUUCGCGCGCACCAGCUCAUGGCUCGCUACUUUGGUAAGCUCCCACCUUGUGAUCGAAAACUCGACGCUCUUCCCUAUCAUCUGGAGGUAAGUGGGAGUUGGCCAAGGCUGCGCGCCGCUCUUGUGGAUGUGCAAAUGUUUCGUCUGUGGUGGACUCCAGCGCACAAAACAGAGUUUUUGAAUUUGUGGGCUAGUUUGACAGCAUGCUCGAAUCCAGGGGCGCCCAUUCGCAAACUCGUCACAGGAGAGUUUGAUGAUACAAUGAGGUGCACACAGCCCCCCCGCCCCUGCCUUGACAUCGUAGAGGAGUACGUACGUUCGGUUGACGAGUACAAGUUUACGCAUAGUCCAUCAGAUGAUGAACUUGCCACGGUGAUUCUUCGUAUAGCUGACUUCAUGCUUGAAUUUGCCACUCUUUCCCUCGAAGAGGCGGCCGACGUGCCCCAAUUCAUUCAUCCCUCUAUCCCAAAUGACGAUCUUGCUAGAGAAAAGGGUGCAGUUAGCGGCAAACCUAGCGCUGUGGAUGUACCGAUGAAAGGAAGCGGCCGAAAUCAGUACAGAGGACCACGCAGUGAACUAGGAUCGGAUUGCAACGAGCAAGGAAACAUCAGCUCAAAUGCUGCGGAUCGACCUUCGGGAAUAAUUUCUGACCUGGCGAAUAAUUGGGAAUCCCACGCCGAACUUAUUCGGAAGCGGACUUUCAUAACUGAUGUAAAAGAGUUUUUUUUCAAAUUUUACAACGCACAAACACUGCAGACGCAAAUGCGCGCUCUCCACAAUGCUGCUGAAACCAGACAACGUGAGUUGAAAAAAGUAUUAACUCACGUUGAAGCUGAAUUAGAGCAAACACGUCUUGGCACUCAGCUUGGUCGACAUAAACAUGCCCGAGAGACGGCUUUGGCAGCUGAACGUCUACGCCAAGCCGCAUUCGGUGGCGUGAAACAUGUUUGCACCACACUUGGUAUUCCACCUCCAGAUCAGGACACCCCAGUCAACGAAAUCAUACAUCAGGUCGAAAGCGUGCUCGAAGCCCUGAUGGAAGAAAAGGAUAAAACUGCACAAAAAAUGGGUGAUCCGCAUCAACCCACCUUCAGGGACACAACACCUGGUUACGACAAAUUGAUGCGGGCACCGGAGCUCGAUGCGGCUCUAGAGCAAUUUGAAACACCCAAGGCCCUCAUCGCUCACCGGCUGCCGGCGAAAGCACCUGAUGAAUCCCGUGCGAUGCACGAUGAAAUGGACUUGGACAUAAACGCUGAUGAAGGUGGAAUCAAGUGUAGAAAUGAGGUUAAGCGUGAAGCCCAAAAGAGCUUGCGUGCAGAACAAAGGCGCCUUGCUCGCCUUAGUCCGCAGUAA